AUGAAACUCGCAGAAACUGUCGCGGCAUCGGCUGCCUACGCCGUAAGCAAUGUCGUUUACGUUAUAGAAUCCAACAGUCCAAAAUCUUCUGCAUUGAACCAUUCAAGCAGUGCCGCAACUAAUGAAUUGAAAAAAUAUCGUGAACAAGGAGUGAAAAAUAUAUUUGAUGAGAAUACCGAGGUGAAGAUUCUUCACAAAGAUGCCGACCCCUUUUCCAACUUGCACACCUCAAUCGACAAUGGUUCGCUUGUUUCUGUGGUUAUACCUCUGAAUUCUUCGAAAGACAUCCUGAUACCGGCCAUCCCACAUCUUUACAAGAUCUCAAACAAUCGAUGCGCGUCAGUUGUCAUUCACGUAGCCGUCGAUCGUAACCCGUCCAACAAUAUCGGGGAUUAUACCGAUGUGAUGGCUUUAAGACAGACUGGCUGUGCACUUUUACAUUCAACGGGCACUCAAGAAACGACCGAUCUUACUUUCAUCGCACACGCAUUGUCGGUCAAGGUUGGAAUUCCUGUGAUACAUUUCUUUGAUGCCGACAGCAGGGAUUCUUCCUCCGAGAGAAUCGAUAACCCAGGGAAUAAUAAAAUCAAGAAGUUGAUCACUGAAUCAGAUGUGUCCAAAUAUCGUGAACAACUGAAAACCACAAAUAAUCCAAAGGAACGUUAUCUUACUACAAAGGGAUCAAAAACUAAUGGUGAUGACAGUAAUGAAGCGGUGAGCCCAAAGAAUGACUUCUUUGAAUCGGCUGAGGAAGUCUUCACGCUGUUCAAGAAUGAAACAGGUCGAUCGUAUAAGGCCUUGGAAUAUAUUGGUGACGUUGAGUCGGAUUCGUUAAUAGUAACUCUCGGUUCUGGCUCAGCGCAUUUGCAGAGAGUCAUCGAACGUGAGGAAUAUUUGCAAAAAGUUGUUGCGCUUCAGGAAAGACUUAAAGUUGGUAUGUUAAAGGUUAGAUUGUAUAGGCCGUGGUCAGAAAAAUAUCUCUUCGACAUUCUUCCCAAGAAGAUCAAAAAAGUUGCUGUCUUGGAACAAGUCAUUGCACGCACGACCAAAUGGACACCUCUGUACCUUGAUGUUGUUGCUGCUUUUCAGAACCGUACGUACUGGACAAGUCAGGUUCCCGUGAUUGUGAGCGGUCAGUACGGCGCGUUUGACAAUGAAUCUAUUGAUGCUGACGUGACAGCAUUAUUCGAAAAUCUAUCGGCAAACGAACCGCGUCGGAAUUUUGUUAUCGGAAAAGAGAUGCCUUCAUCUGGUCAAAAAGUAAACGGUAUAAAUGGAAAAUUGGUUUCGACCGAUAACAUUCCAACUUUAGAAAAACCCUACUUUAACAUGUUAGGUGAGGUCUUUUCGGGUAGGUUAUUUAUAGCAAAUGCAAUCUCGAAACCUAAUGUUGGACACAAAGAAACGAUCGAAUCUACUCCAGAAUUUGGAUUUGGUGUUCUGCUUGCUAAACUUCAAAAGCGUGACAAAUUUUCCGAGACAGUCGCGCGAGUAGUUAAGGACACAUCCAUCACAUUACCUGAUCCCCUACUUAAAGCACUAUCACAGUGGCUCCUUAAUAAAAAUGAUGCGAAGAAAUCCAAGGAACUUGGUAACACGGCUAUCGAACAUCUUGGCAAAGUUUACAAAAAGAAUGCAUCUCUCACGGAAAUCUAUAAUCAAAGAGAUCUAUUCUCCAAACCGGCCAAUUGGCUCGUUGGUUCGGAUGCUUGGAUGUAUGAUAUAGGUGGAUCCGGAGUUCAUCAUGUCCUUUCCUCAGGGAAAGAUAUUAAUCUCUUAAUCAUCGACACUCAACCUUAUACCACACGUGCGGCAUCCGAUCCAGAGAAACGUAAAAAAGAUAUUGGUUUGUAUGCAAUGAAUUACGGAAAUGCUUACGUAGCAUCGAUUGCAGUGUACUCCUCGUACACUCAGGCCUUGCAUGCGUUAAUUGAAGCUGAAGGAUACGAGGGACCUUCAAUCGUAUUAGCAUAUCUACCUUAUCAUAAUGAAGAUGAUACUACUAUCAAGGUAUUGAAGGAAACAAAGUUGGCAAUCGAUACCGGAUAUUGGCCUCUGUAUCGAUGGAAUCCAGCGUUGGAGAAGGAAGCUAAAGAACCGUUCACCCUGGAUUCCGAACAAAUUAAACGAGAACUCCAAGAAUUCUUAGAUAGAGAAAAUCAUCUCACACAACUUACGAAUUCGCGACCUGAACUUUCCACUACAUUGACGAAUUCUCUUGAAUCCGAAGUAAAAUCACGUCAAAAAUCACUUGCAGCAUCUGCAUACGAAAAACUCAUGAAUGGUUUAACAGGACCAUCUCUUUUGAUCCUUUUUGGGUCGGACAACGGAAAUGCAGAAGGUCUAGCCAAAAGAUUACAGCAGGGUGCCAAGGCGCGCGGUGUAAAUGCUCGAUGCAUGGCUAUGGACGAAUACCCGAUUGAAGAUAUUACUACUGAAAAAAAUGUGGUAUUUGUUGUAUGUACAGCCGGACAGGGAGAGUUUCCGCAAAAUGCUCGAGAGUUUUGGAAGGUUAUAUCUACGACUACUGAGAUUUCUUUUUCGGAUACCCAAUUUGCGGUGUUUGGUCUUGGUGAUAGUAAAUACUGGCCACGAGAAGAGGACGUGAUUUAUUAUAACAAGCCUGGAAAAGAUUUAUACAACCGUUUGAAACUUUUGGGCGGAAACGAAUUGCUGGACUUGGGAUUAGGCGAUGAUCAAGAUGAUGAUGGGUAUGAGACCGCCUUUCAAGCAUGGGAACCUGAACUUUGGAAAGCUCUUGGGGUGGAGUUGAUUGGAACUGUAGAGCGUAAAAAGACAGACGAUGACAUGAAAACUGAAUCGAAUUACUUGAGAGGCACGAUUAUGGAGGGACUCGAAGACACAUCGACUGGAGCAUUGUGCGAAAGAGAUACCAAGCUAACCAAAUUCCACGGAAUAUAUCAGCAAGACGAUCGUGAUUUAAGAGAAGAACGUAAGGAACAAGGAUUAGAAAAAGCUUAUUCGUUUAUGGUUCGUGUGCGUGUACCAGCUGGAGUUUCUACACCUCAGCAAUGGUUAGAAAUGGAUAAAAUUGCCGAUACGCAUGCAAAUGGGUCGUUAAAGAUGACAACUCGCCAAGCAUAUCAAUUGCACGGUGUUCUUAAGCGAAAUUUGAAAGCCACAAUCAAAGCCAUCAACAGGUGUUUGUUAGACACAUUAGCUGCUUGUGGUGAUGUCAAUCGUAAUGUUAUGUGUA